CUACAUAGUCAAAACUCCAUAAAUUAUAACCACUUAUCCAAAAUCUAUUAAUUCCAUUUUUUCUAAGAAACUAAGCGGAACUGGAAACAUGCAUGAUCAAUUCAUUUUAUUAUUCUUUAGGUAACUCAUUUACAAAUGUUAUGCUAUAUAAUUAUAGAUGUAAGUUUUUUAAGAACUUAAUUUCAUAAUGAUUGGAGCAGAAUUUCAUCAAUUAGAAAUAUUUAGAGAUGUUCUAACUUCUAGGAGGUUUAGAUGGAGGUUUGUAAUCUGACUAUUGUUGAUCCAAAAUUUGCAUAUACAAUAAUAAUAUUUAUUUUUGUGCAUUGUAAGAAUAAUUAUUAGGAGUUCCUUCAUUGGGAAACUCAAUUCUCGUGUUAGUGUCAAAUAUAUUAGUAUUGACCAAAGAGUGAUUACUAAAGUGAAUUGUUGUUAUUAUGUUUAGAACAUUAUUUAAGUUGAAAAAUUUAUAUACAGAAUAUAAAAUAAAUAUAGAAGUAGUGUAAAUUAGAAACUAUUUGACAGGAGCUUACUUGACUGCUACAGGGUUUAAUACUUAAGAAAAAGGAUUGUUGUUUGGAAGUACAGUCAAUGUCAAUAAUUAUUAUGUGGUCGGGAGUGAUGAUCCUGAUAACUAUUACACACUUUGGACCAUAGUUAAAGUGUUUGAUGACUCUAAUAGAAUCAGUUAUGGAGAUGUGGUAUAUUUCAAGAACCUCAGCACUAAGAUGUAUUUGAUAUACGAAUUCCAGAAGCAUUCAGAAGUUACUAAUUAAAUCAGAGUUUCCUUGAAUUAAACUAGAUUGGAAAAUUACCCUUUCAUAUUGCAAUAACUGGGAGAGCAGAUAUUCUAAACAAAGAAUCAUGCAAUUUAGAAUGGUGUACCAUUAAAGAUCUAAACUACAAAGUUAAUCGAUUAUUUAGAGACAUCACAAAAGAAUUAUACAUUCAAAUAAAUCAACUAAUUUAAGGAAGUCUCUUGUGGGAAAGAAAGUGAGUACAACAAUUGGUAAAUUAUUAAAUUGACCCCAGAGAAACUCAGUCAGUUUUAAAUUCAACCAACAUUGGAAGUUUACGAUGAACAUUAAAGAAAUCUUGGCUGA